AUGCUGGACACGUGGAACCAAAAUGUUAGUGCACUUGCAGUGAAUUAUUUUACAGCAAAGCAUGUGAAGUCAGUGACGGUGAUCAGUUGCUGGGAGGCAGAGGAACGGUAUGACUUCUUUUUGGCGGCAACGAGAAAAGGACUGCUGGUGAAGUUUGUGGAUGCAACGAACAUAGAAGCUUUAAUAGCAAUACAUCCUAAUCGAGUAUCUCAAGCAGGCCUACUGAUCGAUGCAUCGUGUGAGAUCGAACCGAUCUCGAAGCUGUGGCAGAUGGAUCAAAUACUGAACAAGCUUUUGUAUGGGAAUUUACACUGGUUGAUAGUAGAGAAACAACUCCCAGUGAAACGAUCUAUCGACUCCGGACCCUAUUCCUCGGACCAACUGGAACUUCUGUACAAUGAACGACUACGUCCGCUAGACGUUAUGCCCUACACGAACGUCGUGCUGGCAUUCCAGAAAAUAUCCGAUAGCUGGGAAUUGUUCGAACUAUACAAACCCUAUCGUAAAGCCCGUUUAUCGGUGGUGAACAUUGCAUCCAAUUACCUACCAGCGGUCGAUCGGUACGGGUCACAGCUGAUCGUUCGAAGAAAGCUUGUAGAUCGACGACGCAAUCUUCAGGGCUUUGCUAUGCCAUGCGGAACAGCGACAACUUCGCCGGAAUACUUCACCGGCAUGGAUGAUCGUAACGAUGUGCACGAUCUGUUUACCAAGGCAAACUUUCCGUUCAUCCGGGAGCUGAUGUACGAUCUCAACUUUACCCUCAACAUGGUGCAGCUGGACAAGGUGGGCUACAAGCAGAACGGGACGUUCAGUGGGGUGAUGGGCAAGUUCCAGAACCGCUCGAUCGAGCUCGGCUGCUUGGGCACCUUGAUGCGUACCGAGCGGCUCGAGGUGGCCGACUUCAUGAUCGUCACGCUGAUCAUCAAGAGCAGCAUCAUCUUUCGCCAGCCACCGCUCUCGAUAGUGGCGAACAUCUUCGAGCUACCGUUUAGUGUCGGUGUUUGGGCGUGCUGUUUCGCGUUGAUGGCGAUCUAUUGGAUGACGAUGAUCGCCAUCCGUCAGCUAACGAGCGGUGAACGGUUUGGCGCGAUCGAAUCGUUAGUGUACAUUAUCGGCACAAUGUGCCAGCGAGGGUGCGAUAUAGUGCCACAGUUUAACGGAACGCGGUUGCUAAUGUUUUCGCUACAACUGACCAGCUUCUUCAUACUAACGUCCUACUCGGCCAGCAUUGUGGCGCUGCUGCAGAGCCCCAGCCGGGCAAUCGCGAGCGUGGGGGACUUGGUCCGGUCUCCACUGAAGGCGGGCGUUAUGGACACGAGCUACGGUCGGGUGUACUACCAGGAGACGCAAGACCCGGACGUGCAGGAGCUGUAUCGGAAGAAGAUCAAACCGCACGGUGAGAAGGCGUUCCUGGAACCGAACGAGGGCAUCGGACGCGUGAAACAGGAGAUGUAUGCCUACGAGGGAGAAUUGAACGCUGCCUACAAGGUGAUAAAGGAAACGUUCGCACCGGAGGAGGUGUGCAAAUUGCAGGAACUGGAAGCCAUCAAGCUUCCACCGUUCGGCAUACCGAUUGUGAAGGGCAGCAAGUACCGGGAGCUGAUCCGGCAACGCUUGAUGUGGCAGCGGGAGGUCGGCAUAAUCAAGCGGUUCAACCUGAUUUGGAUUCACCAGAAGCCGCAGUGUGAAAACCUAAACGCCGGCUUCAGCUCGGUCGGUGUGGUGGAAAUGCGCUACCUGUACCUCUUCCUUGCCGUAGGGUUUCUGGCCGCGCUCGCGACCCUGCUGGCGGAACGGUCCUGGUGGAGCGGGAUGGCAAAGAAAUUGAAAUCUCGUACCGCAAUAAUCAGACGCAAAAAUGAAGCUUAA